CCUGCGAACGGUAGUUGUGUAGCUGUCGCCGUCUAAAAAUUUUUCAAGUCGAGUGUUUUCUAUUGGUGUUGCUAUGUUUUGAUUUUAACGGAGUGUGCAGCACCAUCAACUUGUUCAAUUUACCUUGUGACAAUUGGAGAACCUCUGUUAAAAGCGUAGACGACUAGAUACGGUUAUUCAUCUUACCAGGGAUACCUUUACGGCACGUGUAGUUCCGAGCAGUGUCUAGUGUUUAUAUAUCGUGGGUACAGUUAUUAUUUGUCUAAUUAGUAAUAUUUAGUGUUUUUGGCGAGUAACACUUGUGGUGUAGCGUGUUCAACACGCACCGUUGUUAUUGUUUUGCUUGGUGUUUUUGACCCUUGCAUCACGUCCGUCGUGGUUUCGAGACGAGUCCAUUAUUUGACGCGACAGAGGGAGGGCAGGCAGUAAAAUACGACGCUCGGACCUCCGAGACUUUGACGUUCCUUGCUUCGCCUGUUUACAUCGGCUUUUUCAGCUCGAUCGCGAUGACAAAAUGCGAAAUUCUAUCGAAACGCUUCGGAUAACGGAAAAUUUCACUCAUAAUCUAGUAUUUUGGAGACUCGCGCCUGAAUUUCGUGGAGUUGUCAAGAGGCUUGUUCCUGUGGCGUUCAAGCAGGGCUGCUUUGGCUGGAGGUUAGUGGCCUUUAGCACGCGGGAUUGUUUACCCAGUGAGAGUGCGAUGAGCUCGACGAUGGUGAACUUGGUGUAAGAGGGCCUCCUCGGUAGAAGGAACGCGAGAGGCGGUGACCGCUUCCCCGGGUGCUCUAGUUGUCCCGUUUUAUGGUUUCUCCUCCGUCAAUGGCGUGGCACACUCACGACCACGUUAAUAUGCUCAUGGAUAAAAACAAACCCAAAAUGCCAGUUUCCAGUUCUGGUGGCGGCGGUGGCGACCAGCGACGACACGCUCCCCUCUACGGGCGUCUGGUGGCCGACGACCCUUUGGGCGGGGGUUCCAUGCCGAGCGCGCUCACCACCAGCGCACCAUCCACCACCGACAUCCACGCGAUGCAAGCGCGCAUCCCGCUCACCUUCAGAGACCCAUCCACCGCGCCGCUGAGGAAGCUUAGCGUGGACCUCAUCAAGACCUACAAGCACAUCAACGAGGUGUACUACGCAAAAAAGAAACGAAGGGCGGCUCAGAUCCAGGGCGACGACAGUUCGCACAAGAAGGAGCGGAAGAUUUAUAAUGAUGGAUAUGACGAUGACAACCAUGACUACAUCAUUAAGAACGGUGAAAAGUUCCUCGACAGAUACGAAAUCGACUCCCUCAUUGGUAAAGGGUCUUUCGGACAGGUAGUGAAGGCCUACGACCACGCCGAGCAGUCUUACGUGGCUGUGAAAAUCAUUAAGAAUAAAAAGCCCUUCCUCAAUCAGGCCCAGAUCGAGGUCAAACUUUUAGAAAUGAUGAACAAGGCUGAUGCAGAGAACAAGUAUUAUAUAGUUAAAUUAAAAAGACAUUUUAUGUGGCGGAACCACCUGUGUUUAGUAUUUGAACUGUUAUCCUACAACCUGUAUGACUUGCUGAGGAACACGAACUUCCGGGGCGUGUCUUUGAACCUGACCAGGAAGUUCGCGCAGCAGCUGUGCACGGCGCUGCUGUUCCUGUCGACGCCGGAACUCAGCAUCAUCCAUUGCGAUCUGAAACCCGAGAAUAUACUGUUGUGCAACCCGAAGAGGUCGGCGAUAAAGAUCGUCGAUUUCGGCAGCUCGUGCCAAUUGGGCCAAAGGAUUUACCAGUACAUACAAUCAAGGUUCUAUCGUUCGCCAGAAGUACUUCUGGGCAUCUCUUAUGACCUAGCAAUUGAUAUGUGGUCCCUAGGUUGUAUUCUGGUAGAGAUGCAUACAGGAGAACCCCUAUUUAGUGGUUCCAACGAAAUUGAUCAGAUGAACAAGAUAGUGGAAGUGUUAGGCAUGCCUCCAAAACAGUUGCUGGACCAGGCGAGCAAGACCAGGAAGUUUUUCGAGAAAAUCCCCGGUGAUAGGAGGUACAUACUGAAAAAGACUAAAGACGGCAAGAAGUACAAAGCGCCUGGCUCAAGGAGGCUUCACGACAUCCUGGGAGUAGAAAAUGGCGGACCUGGCAGUAGGAGAUCUGGCGAACCUGGCCAUUCCAUGUCGGACUAUCUUAAAUUUAAAGACCUAAUUCUACGUAUGCUCGACUAUGACCCCAAGACGCGCAUAACGCCGUACUACGCGUUGCAGCACAGUUUCUUCAAACGCACUUCGGAUGAAAGCACGAAUACGGCAGCUGCGGCCGCCGCUGCAGCAGCCGCAGCCGCGAGUUCCAGCGCCAGCAGUAGCCCGGCUGUGGCGUCACUGGACAUGACGAACAGUCAGCAGGGGUUAAAUUUAGUCAGUCGAUCACGGGAAAUGCUCCCGUCUCAUCCCUACCAAUCCCAACAGCAGCAACAACAAACAGCGUCGGCCUACACCGCCAUGGAAUGCGACUCUUCGCCCUCGUCGCUCCGACAGCAGCACCAUCCCCAUCGGACGUCCGGUACGGCGCCUCAACGCUACCAUCACCAAGGUGGACCCAUGUCCCUGCCCUACCAUCCGGCCUUGGUCCACCAGAACCCCAAAAGCAACGGUAGCAGUAGCACAAACAGCAGUGGCAGCAUGGGAGUCGGUAGUAACCAAGGUACCCAGACUGUUGGCGGUGGUCCCAGGGUUACCAACAACAAACCAGACAGCGGUCGAGACGAUGGUAGUCCGAUGGUUGGGGUGUGCGUGCAACAGAGCCCUGUGGUGAUCCAUUAGAACUACUACCGUGGGAAGCUACUGGUGCCGGUACAUAAGAACUACUGAGAGAGACUUCUUGAAGUCUUUUUUCUUGGUGAAAUGUCGUGGGAGACUCGUUUGAUGAAAGAAACGGUUUCAGUUCAAUGGGAAAUUCCUGAAAAGUGGUUUUGUACGUUUGAAUUAAUAUACAAGGUGUUUCAAAACAAAUGCGAAAAACUUUAAGGGUGAUAGGUAUUUGGUAACUUAACUUGACAACUUAAGUAGGUCUUAAAACACUUCUGUAUGCUUAAAAAAUCUUAGAUCAUAUAAUAGUUGAAACGUCCAAAAUCAAUUUUCAAACUUAAAUUAAUUUAGAAAAAAAGGAAUAAAUGUACCGUGAACUAAAACUGUAUUCAGUCAAAAAAUAAUUCGAAUAUAGCAAAAUACGGUUGCUUUUGGGCGCUAAAGAAUAAUUUUAGAGCAGAAAAAUGCAAUGGGACUAGUGCAUAAGAAAUAUUGUGAUUAAUUUGUUUGACAGAUGUAUGUUUGGCCGAAUGAAGGGAUCCAUAAGCCCUGUCUAAUACAGAUAUCGAUUUCUUAUUUAAUUUUCGUUUGUGAAAUCUAUUAAAUGAUGUGGAAGAAAAGAUAGGUAAAAGGUUGAGAGACAUUUUUUAGAGAAUACGAAGUAAAAAGAGGCAAAUCAUUAUAUCUGUAAAUUCACCAGUUUUUAAACACUGAAACGGUAAACUACAACUAGUGUUUAACUAUAUUGCGUAAUUAUAGAUUGUAUACAUGUUUUGCCUACAGUUGUUUUGCCUAUAUUGACUGUACAAUUUAUUUGGAGUUGUCGGAUAUUUUUUGCAUUUGACUUAUUUCAUUAUUUUCUUUAAUUACGUAGAUAAAUCAAAAAUCGAUUCAGCAUAUCCGGUAAAAAAAAUAUUUUAACAUGUCAUAAAAUUAUUUUAAAUCUUCCGAAUGAAGUCCCUAGAUACACAUUUAUAUAGACAUAAAAUCGAAUUGUAUAUAUCACUAUAUACUUAAAGGGCAUAUUUGAAAAUUUGUGCUGUAACAGAUGUCACAUGACUUGUUAAAAUAUAUUUUUUUCUAAUUGGAUAUACUGCAACUCAAUAACAUUUGAUUGAAUUUAUUGUGAACUAUCUGUCUCAAAGUAUAAACAGAAAUUCAUAAUAUUUAUGUUUCUAAUGCCAGGCUAAUGCCAAUUUCUAAGUCCAGACCAAGGCGACAAAAAGAAAACACGAUUUUGAGACAAAAACAAGACAAACUUGCGACAAAAAAUGGGGAAUUCUGACAAGAUAAACUUGAGACAAAUUGUCCACACCGCAAGGACAAAAGUACAACAAAGUCAAAAGUUUUGUUGUUGCGAAUGAGUUUUAUUAACCAUGUGUGAUUUCACUGGUCUCCUACUGUUGGCAGCACACGCUAUCUGGCAGCACUGCGCCAAAUAGGUAGUCCAUCUGUCAUAUGAAGAUGCAAUGUUGCCACUGUUGCAUUAUCAAAUAUCUCUAUAUACCCUAUUUCAAGUACCUACGCCUCAGGCAAAGAAUUUUCCUAAAUCAUUUUUUUAUUUAAUUAUCAUUUUUUUUAUUAUUUAGCUGUAAGAUAUUUUAUGAGUUUCCUAUUAACUAUAUCAUUGUAUGACAAAAAAUAUUAUCAAUACUUAAUUCCACUUCAAAUUAUGAGCAGCGUAUACCAUGUUUAUAGGACCACUUCAUAAGUUGACCAGUUAUAUAGGUAGUCUAUCUGUCAAACACGUCAAAAGAGAGAGAAAUAAAAUUUGGUCCCACCACAUCAAAAGAGCCGACGGUUUCUGUCGCUACUCGUCGAUCCACUUACUCUGCUUUUAUCUUUACCGACUCGAGACGGGACAUUGAAAAGUCUCCGAAUUUUGAAACAAAACAAAAACGAGACAAAAAUGUCGCAGAAAUGUAUUGGAUUUGUCGAUUGGCAACUUUGUCGUAAAACAUGAAUAUUUCUGCCCCGUCGUUGUGUUGUCUGCUUGGUCUGGACCCGGCAUUAGUCAUUAAUUUAUUGUUUUGGAUAUAAUGUACAUUAAAGUACGGUCGUCGUUGAGAGUGACAAGCGUUACAAGACAUUCUUUGACUUAUCUCUCAAUUGCAUUAAAAAUUCCGCAACUCCAGAAACAUUGGCUCUGGUUUUCCUAAUAGUCUUAUUUAUUUGUUUAAAAUAAAAGAGCCAGCAACCCCAUAACAGUAUUAAGUUAAAUCACUGUAUUGAAUUUAACCAAAAAAUUAUUAAAACAUAUAGUAUGAAAAAAUAUAAUAUUAAAAUUGGUUAAAUUAUUAUACACAACGAUUAUACCUACCAAAAA